AAGGAACUGCGCUCAAGACAGCCAUGAAGCUACUGCCCAGCUGGAGAGCCGUGCUGCCCGUGGGCCGCCCUUGGCCUGGUCUGUGCCCCUGUAUCCCAGCCUGGCCAUGGGCACAGCAACUCAGAAGUAAAGAAGUUUCUCAAACCUGCGUCUCAGAGAUGAGAGCUCAGGAGGACCCCGAGAGCCCAGUGCAGCAUGAGUCCCUGGCUUCAGCGGAGACUUCCACCAGGGACCAGCAGUCAUCCUUGCCCUCGGAGCCCAAGUUUGACAUGCUGUACAAGAUCGAAGAUGUGCCGCCAUGGUACCUGUGCAUCCUGCUGGGCUUCCAGCAUUACCUGACCUGCUUCAGCGGCACCAUCGCUGUGCCUUUCCUCCUGGCUGAGGCGCUGUGUGUGGGCCGCGACCAGAACAUGGUCAGUCAGCUCAUUGGGACGAUCUUCACCUGCGUGGGUAUUACCACUCUCAUCCAGACUACAGUGGGCAUCCGGCUGCCGCUGUUCCAGGCCAGCGCCUUUGCGUUUCUGGUUCCAGCCAAAGCUAUCCUGGCCUUGGAGAGGUGGAAGUGUCCUCCAGAAGAGGAGAUCUACGGUAACUGGAGUAUGCCCCUGGAUACCUCUCAUAUCUGGCAUCCUCGGAUUCGGGAGGUUCAGGGUGCAAUCAUGGUGUCCAGCAUGGUGGAGGUGAUGAUUGGGCUGAUGGGGCUGCCUGGGGCCCUGCUCAGCUACAUUGGGCCUCUCACGGUCACCCCCACUGUCUCCCUCAUCGGUCUCUCUGUUUUCCAAGCUGCUGGUGACCGAGCUGGCUCCCACUGGGGCAUUUCAGCAUGCUCUAUUCUGCUGAUUAUCCUGUUCUCCCAGUACCUACGCAACGUCACCUUCCUGCUGCCUGUUUACCGUUGGGGCAAGGGUCUCACCCUCUUCCGCGUCCAGAUCUUUAAGAUGUUUCCGGUGAGGAGCUCGCAGGUGCUGGCGUUGAGGAAGGGGCAAGAGCCCCCGAUAGCCAGGGAAGGUUGGGGCGAGGGCAGGGGGUUCCUGUCAGUCUGCACCGAGGUCCCCAGCGCCUGCAGCACUCCCUCACCCCGCCCGCUCCAGAUCGUGCUGGCCAUCAUGACCGUGUGGCUACUCUGCUAUGUGCUGACCCUGACAGAUGCGCUGCCCAGAGAUCCCACAGCCUAUGGCUUCCAGGCUCGAACUGAUGCCCGAGGGGACAUCAUGUCCAUCACUCCCUGGGUCCGCAUCCCCUACCCGUGUCAGUGGGGCCUACCCACAGUGACUGUGGCUGCGGUUUUGGGAAUGUUCAGUGCCACACUGGCAGGCAUCAUUGAGUCCAUCGGUGAUUACUAUGCCUGUGCCCGGCUGGCUGGGGCACCACCUCCUCCAGUACAUGCCAUCAACAGGGGGAUUUUCACUGAAGGCAUCUGCUGCAUUAUUGCUGGGCUACUGGGCACAGGCAACGGGUCCACCUCAUCCAGCCCCAACAUUGGGGUCCUAGGGAUUACCAAGGUGGGCAGCCGUCGGGUAGUGCAGUACGGUGCUGGCAUCAUGCUAAUCCUGGGUGCCAUUGGCAAGUUCACGGCCCUCUUCGCCUCACUCCCAGACCCCAUCCUGGGAGGAAUGUUCUGCACCCUUUUUGGCAUGAUCACCGCCGUGGGACUAUCCAACCUGCAGUUUGUGGACAUGAACUCCUCUCGCAACCUCUUUGUAUUGGGAUUCUCCAUGUUCUUUGGCCUUAUGCUGCCCAAUUACCUGGACUCCAACCCAGGUGCUAUCCACACAGGCAUUUCUGAAGUAGAUCAGAUCCUAACUGUGCUGCUGACCACGGAGAUGUUUGUUGGUGGAUGCCUUGCUUUCAUACUGGACAACACAGUGCCAGGGAGCCCAGAGGAGAGAGGCCUGAUACAGUGGAAAGCUGGAGCCCAUGCCAGCAGUGAGACGUCGGCGAGCCUGAAGAGCUAUGAUUUCCCCUUUGGGAUGGGCCUGGUAAAAACGACUGCCUUUUUCAGAUACAUUCCCAUCUGCCCAGUCUUCAGAGGGUUUUUUAAAAAGACAGAAAAUGAGCCUUCAGUUCCAGAGAACACUCCAGACAAUAAAGAAGCUGGGUCUAUGUGCACCAAGGUCUGAAACUACCUCUAUGAAAGGAAACAUUGUAUGAAACAGGAAAAGAAAACUACAAAGGAGACAGAAGACGAUCUGAAUUGGAAAUCUCAGCUCUGCCUAUUCCAAAUUCCCGUGUAAGCUUGGACAGAUCACCCUCUCUAUGACUCCAUUUUACAUGAUCUUAAAAUAAUUUUUUAUUGGAAGACUGGGUCCAAGUCUCUAAGCACUCUAGAGACUUGUGUUAGCAUUAUUCUGUUUCUUCACUGUUACUUUCUUAAGCACACAUGCCAAUAUAAAGGAAGAAGAGCUGGAGGUUCUCCACAUUGAGAGCUAGAGUUAAUACAAAAGAAACCAGAGAUUACAGGGUAAAUGCAGACAUGCAGGUAGGCUUAAAAAAAAAAAAAAA